CACAGGUUCUCAGCAGAGAAGGAGUAACAGGUACAAAUGCCUGCUUUUGAAGACUCGGUGUGGUGCGAUCUUGGCACUCCAGGGACACUGAAGAAGUGCUCUAAAGAAACUGAUUCAGGAACAGUCAUGCACCAGCGUCAGAGCUUUAGAGUGCAGUGUGUAUGAAUGUGUGGAGAAAUUAAGAGCUGGAUGAGCUUAAAGAGACUAACGGUCAAAAAGUCAGAAGACUGCUUCAUGAAACAAACAAAAAUCAUCUUCUGAAGCUGCAGUCAUCGGCUCCCAUCCAGCAGCUAAAUGCCUCCAUUCUUCUCUAAGACGCCUAGACGCAGACGGCUUUCGGAGACGCGGCGUUAGCACUGAGUAGGAAGAUUUGUGGAUGGGUCAUUCUCUCUUCCCUCACUUCGUGACAAAGAAACGCCUGUCCACUGUUGGCCUGGCGACUGAAGAGAAGCUGCCCAUGAAAAGGCAAAAAGUCUGGCUUCAUAAGUCCAUGGCUUACUGUUGCAGAGAGGUCACAGCCAGCCUGUCUUGAUCUUUGGCCAUUUGCGGAGAUGGACAUCUUUGGCAACAAGUUACAGCAGAAGGCUCUGCAGCAACCUAAGCAGAAGAAAUCCAAGUCGGCUGAAUUUCUGAUGGGGAGCGAGGAGAGAGCUGCUGUUGUGGGCAUAGAAAAUCCUGCGUUCAAUGGAGAAGGAAGCGCCGCGCUUUCCAAUUCUCCGAGUUGGCUGGGGAGAAAAAUGCGAGGUGACAGGCCAGAUAGCACCCUUGCAGCUCACCAAAAAAAAUUGGAGCUGCAAGCCCCUGCCAGUGAAAGAGAAAUACUGAAGGCAGAUGAAAACAGACUGUAUGAAAGAAUGACGGCAUUGCUGAAUGAAGAUGAAACCUUUAUAAACAUACCUGGUACGCUGCAAGCCUCGAGGGAUGAGGAGGUGUUGGAGGUGAAGGCGGGUGAUCUGGUGCUUCAGCGGCGACUGCUGCUCCACAGUGGUGGUGGUGGUGAUGCCUCGGGCCCCAGGCCCUCCCAGGCCCAUACCAUUGCCAAACCACAGGCAGAGAGUAGUGCUUGGCUGGGAGGAGAGGCUGGACUCCAAGCAGGGAGGAUGGUAACAGGCAGAGAAAGUGCUGUAAAAACAGCAAGAGCAGCUGAGGAAGUGAUCCCCUGCUACGCCCAGCAGCUGAGGGAGCGUGUGCGGCCUGACAUGAUCACGCUUGGCAGCCUUUCACUGCAGCAGCAACCAGAUCAGAAGGGAACCCAGGAACAGAGUGAGUGGGCAAAGAGAAAAAAAAGGCUAAUGGCUUUCUUCACUGGCAAUGUCGAGAAACCCAGUUCACAGAAGGACAGUGAUGAAGUGUUAAGACCCCAGCCCAGAGUGAACACAUUGUUUCAGUGCAAAAACCUCGACAGCCUGUCGAUCAGAGCGCUCGGCGAAGGCCGAGAAGAGGCGGCGGCCAAAGAGCUCCCACAAUCCUCCUCUUCAGCAUCACGGCCCUCGUGGCAGGGGGACCAGGGAGCCCUUCCUCAGUCUAUAGAGGUGUGUGUAUGUUGCCUGAGAGCGGCAAGAGACAAGCUUCCGCGAGGUCUCUACUCUAUCAGAGUGGCACUUCAGAGCACUUUAGGAGGUCCUUCUCUUCACCUGCGCAGUUCGAAAGAGCAAACCUGGUCGGCGUCUACUGAGCCAGUCGAGCACCGAGGCCGUUUCUACGACAGUGACCUGCAUAUUAACCAGAGCGUCUUCAUAACUAGCUUACCUGCCACCUCUGAAAUCAACCCCUCCAUGGUUUUGCUGUUCCAACUGAUCAGCCUACCUGGACACAGUAGCCAUUUUAGCUCUGUACUGGCCUGGGGAGUAUUUCCUAUAUGCAGCAUGAGCCUGAGUCUGGUCCAGGGCAGAUUCAAAACUCCACUGAUCAGAGGGGAGCCCAGCCCACAGCUGGACCAGUUUAAAAAAAUUGAAGCUAUCAUCUCCUCCGAUCUAGACCACUGGCUGUGCAACCUGUAUUUUCAGGUAAAGAGAAUUCCACUCGGAACAUCCGGAGUGACAGAGCUCUUUGUUGCACCAUCGAGAUCGCUCUCCAACCCUAAAAUCUUAUCCAAACCCGAGGAUCACCAUGACCCGACCCUUACGCAGCGACCCACAGCCCAGUCUCAGAUUUGCCCGCAUCCCCUUCUUCUCCAGUCCCAGCAGCAUCUGCACGUCGGCCCCGGCUGCAGAGCGGGAGAGUCCGCGGCCGUGCUCUCUCAACACGGUUCACCUCUCCACCUGUCAGCUGAUUCCGCUUGCUCUUCUUCAUCUCUGCCAGGGAAGAACGACUCCCCAGAAAUCUUUUCGGGAAGUGCAGUAGAGAAGACCGAUCCGUGCCGGGAGAAAGCAGAAGUUGGCUUCCAGUACAAGAAGAAGCCAAUCAAGAAGACAAAUAGCUGCGGCCCCAGCAUGAGCGGCAGAAGCGCGCCGCCUCUCCAGGCAGACAAACAGAAGAUGCAACCAACAGUGGAGAACCUCUCCAUGGAGGAGAUGGAAGGAUAUACUUUCUUUUUACAAUCAUCACCAACUACACCGAGAUCACGUCCCCCACGACUGUCGGAUCGAGCCCGACUCGCCCUGCGCAUGCUGCCGUCCGAGCUCGGCCUGCCGUUGUCGUGGCAACAGCAACAACCGCACAGAUGCUGGCAUGACUCCGUUCAGCAGCUCGGCCUCAUUAUUCUGCUGCUGGCUUUGAUGUGGUUUGUGAGGCUUUACCUGCAUUACUGCAGCCAGUGGCUCUACCUUCAGGCCAUUGCUGUUCCUGUCAACAAAUUUCACUUCCAUGCACACACAGUGGAUCUCAUCUACCAGAGCUCUUUGCUCCACACCCGAGAGGAGCUGGCAAUGGUGGUGGUGGGUCCCCUGACCUUGAACGCUGUAACGUUCCUGCUGGUUCUGAUCAGAUGGGGCUGUCAGCUGAUAUUUGGCUCACUCCCUUCCUUCACGUCAAAUUUUAUCAUGGCUCAGGGAGUGUGGACAGUCCUCGACCCCCUGGCAGUCUUUGCUGUGGACGCCGUCCUCGGGCAUUUGGCCUACAGUCCGGACACACCAGUAGGAGAUGCAGCCAAGCUUUACUGGCACUUCUAUAGAGCCGACGGAUCCGGUGCAGCAGGAGUGAUCAUCACUCUGUUCCUCUACGCGGUCCACGUCCUUCUCUCCAUCACUAUUCUCACUAUUUACCUGCUCAGAUUCCACAACGAUGGUCGCAUGUUGGAUGUCUACCAGCGACUCACCGCCAAAGAGGGCGUGUAUUUCCUGCCUGAAGACCUCGAGUUGUCAAAUCAGGAACUCAGCUACAUUGUCAAAAAGGCAGAGCAGUGGAGAGGCUUCAAUGGAGAGAGACGUAAGGUGGCGGUUUAUGACUCUAUCUGGACAGCAGAGGACUCUCUCUCCAGCCCCACUGCCCCCGGUGAUGAGCCUCACACUGAGGAUGGUUUGCCACCGGAGAGCGAGACCAGCACUCAUGUCGUAAUCCAAACUCUGUACCUGAGUGGGCUAAAACAGAGAUACAGACACUUCCUCCGACAACCUGAUGGGGCUAUCAUUGAGCACCUGCCCAGGACGUACCCCGCCCCUCGUUCCAUGACCAAGUUCCUCAGGAUAAGCAGCCAUGGCCUGAGGGAUCAUCCAGGCUUCUCCAGGCUCUAUGCUCCCAGCAUCGCCCCAUUUCCAUUAACGUCACUGGCCCUCUGCCUGCCAGGGGACAAUCUGCGUGACCGAUGGAUGGCGUUGAAAGAGUCCAGCCGGGGUGCAAUGUAUGUCAAUAGGCUGUGUAAUAGCCGAGCCUGGGUGAAAUGUUUGUUAAAUGGCUCUCCGAUUUUAAAAGAAACACGGAAAUGUCUGUUUGUUGUUUGUUUUUUUUUCCCGAUAAUGUUUCUUUUUUGUUUUUACAAUUAAUUAAGUCUGACAGUGGAGUCACAGUCAAUUACUGGAUGUGAGAACAUAUGUCUAAUACAUACUAAAACAUUUUAUAUCAGUGGGAUUGACCAAAAAAUUAUAUAUAUAUACUGUAUAUAUAUACUGUAUAUAUACAGUAUAUAUAAAUAUAUUUGCUGCUUUUUGGGGAGAAACAAAGCAGGGGUUUCAAAGAAAACGGCUCCCCAUGAAGAAUCUUUCUAAAACAGCUGUUAAUGGGAUUCCUGGGCUGCACACAAUUAUUAGCAGUAAUAGAUUUCCUAAAUGCCAUUUUCCUAUGAGUUUGUAAAUAAGGUUAAUAAAGUCACAGAGCAGUAGAAGACUGCUUAUCAGACAAGACGACCCCACCCCAUCUCAAACUGAAAAUGUUUAC